UUCCUGUUUUUCACUGACAGUCGAGUCUGAAACGAACGACGGGAAACUUGUUAAAGUACGGUAAUAAGUGAAAGUUUGCGUGACUAAACUGAUCCUUUCACAGUAUACAUCAGAGCGCAACGGGCUUUGAGGCAAAGUAGAAAAAGGAUGCGAUAACCAGACGUUCAGUUGUUCGGCCGGUGAUCCCGUAAGGCCGUAGCAACAGAAAACACCAUUCACUCUGGCUAAGUUGGAAGGCGUCCUCGGGAAAAAUGACAAAGAGAUUUGAGUUCAAUUGGCAAAUCGAGGUGCCAGAGUCUCUUCGAAAUGGAUGCAUAUUCGAUCGAUGGACCGAAGAAAAGGACAAUUCGGAAAUAGAAUUGAACUGUAUGUUCAAGGUUGAUGAAUAUGGGUUUUUCAUUUACUGGCAAAGUGAAGGAAGGGAUGGUGAUGUCCUUGAACUAUGUCAAGUGAGUGACAUACGAGCUGGAGGAGUACCCAAGGAUCCAAAAUUGUUUGACAAAAUUUUUGGAAAACAUGGCGAGCUACUGGAAGAUAAAAGUCUGACCAUUUGUUCUGGAAUUGACUACACCAACAUUAAUUAUCAACAUGUCGUUUGUCCUGAUGCUGCUACUGCAAAAACAUGGUUGGAUGGCAUUCGAUCGAUUACACAUAACGUGAAAGCCAACAAUGUCUGCCCACUGACGUGCCUAAAGAAACACUGGAUGAGACUCCGAAUGCAGGUGGAUCCUAAUGGUAAAGUUCCUGUGAAGGUAGUGGCUAGAACUUUUGCUUCCGGAAAAACAGAGAAACUUGUCUAUCAGUGCCUUUCUGACUUGGGCCUACCUAGUGGGAAGAACGAUGUCAUCGAACCGGAUGAUUUUACCUUCGAUACAUUUUACGCACUAUAUCACAAAAUUUGUCCGCGAAAUGACAUUGAAGAAUUAUUCCAAUCCAUAACCCAAGGAAAAGCAGAUACCAUAAAUUUGGAUCAAUUAAUUACUUUCUUAAAUGAAAAACAACGUGAUCCAACGUUAAACGAGAUCCUUUAUCCACUGUACGAUGAGAAAAGAGCUCUGGAGAUUAUCAACGACUAUGAGCCAAACGAGUCUGCAAGAAAUCAAAAAACGAUGACGAAGGACGGCUUCAUUCGGUACCUGAUUUCCGAUGAGAAUGCUCCUGUUUUUUUGGACAGGCUUGACGUCUACAUGGAUAUGGACCAAUCGUUGGCUCACUAUUACAUAAAUUCCAGUCACAAUACUUAUCUUAGUGGACGACAAUUUGGUGGAAAGAGCAGCGUUGAAAUGUAUAGACAAGUUUUAUUAGCUGGUUGCAGAUGUGUGGAAUUGGAUUGUUGGGAUGGAAAAGGAGAGGACGAGGAGCCAAUAAUAACACAUGGUAAAGCCAUGUGUACAGAUAUUCUUUUCAAAGAAGUGAUAUAUGCAGUUCGAGACACUGCCUUUGUUACUUCUGAGUAUCCAGUAAUUCUUAGUUUUGAAAAUCAUUGCGGAAAGGGACAACAAUAUAAAUUGGCUAAAUAUUGCGACGAAAUAUUGGGAGAUCUUUUACUAAAAGAACCACUUAAAGAUUAUCCUCUUGAGCCUGGAGCUCCUCUUCCACCGCCAAGUAUGUUAAAACGAAAAAUUCUCAUAAAGAAUAAACGUCUAAAACCAGAAGUUGAAAAGCAAGAAUUAGAACUUUUUAAACAGGGACAAUUUGUCAUUGAGGAUGAAAUAAAAGAAGAUGCUAGUGCUCCUCCACUAGCUGUUGUUGAACAACAAUCGGAGGAAGCUGUGGACGUAAUAGCUGUUGUACAAUCACAUCAAUCAAAUCAAUCUGGUCCUGGAGGUUUGGGAGAAAGUUUAGAGUUGGUUGUGCAACAACCUUAUACCGGAAGUACUACCAAUGUUCAUCCAUGGUUAUCUUCAAUGGUAAACUAUGCACAGCCCAUUAAAUUUCAAGGAUUUGAUGUUGCAGAAGAAAAAAAUGUUCAUUAUAACAUGUCCUCAUUUGCGGAGACAACUGGAUUAAAUUAUUUGAAAACGUCAGCAAUGGAGUUUGUCAAUUACAAUAAGCGUCAAAUGAGUCGAAUUUAUCCAAAAGGAACUCGAGCUGAUUCUUCUAAUUAUAUGCCACAAGUUUUUUGGAACGCUGGAUGUCAAAUGGUUUCACUAAACUUUCAAACGGCAGAUCUUCCAAUGCAAUUAAAUCAGGGUAAAUUUGAAUACAAUGGCUCAUCAGGAUACUUGCUGAAACCGGAUUUCAUGAGAAGAGCUGAUCGAAGUUUUGAUCCCUUCGCUGAAAGUCCAGUUGACGGUGUUAUAGCUACUCAGUGCAGUGUUCAAGUCAUAGCCGGUCAGUUUCUAUCCGAUAAGAAGGUAAAUACCUAUGUGGAGGUGGAGAUGUACGGUCUGCCAACUGACACAAUUAGGAAGGAAUUUCGAACAAGAGUGGUGCCUGCGAAUGGACUAAAUCCUGUAUACAACGAGGAACCAUUCCUAUUUAGGAAAGUUGUCCUGCCAGAUUUGGCCGCAUUACGAUUUGCCGUUUAUGACGAGUCAAAUGGAAAACUUCUUGGUCAACGAAUCGUCCCCUUGGACGGCCUUCAAGCUGGUUAUCGACAUAUUGCACUUCGAACUGAAGCCAAUUUUCCAAUGUCUUUACCAAUGCUUUUUUGUAAUAUUGAAAUUAAAAUCUAUGUUCCUGAUGGUUUUCAAGAAUUUAUGGACGCUUUGACUGCGCCAAAAGAAUUCCAAAAUACUGAGAGCAUGUCACAGACACGAAUGCGUGGCCUUGGAAUUGAAGAGAGCGAUAGAUCCACCCCAGGUGAUUUGAUGCAAGCACGUCAAAGGGAAACUGCUAAACCUAGGGAGGAAAUGAAAUUUGAAGCUAUCACUGUCGAAGCUCUGAGGCAAGAAAAAGGAUACCAGAAAGUAUUGAGGAAGCAACAAAAGGAACUUGAUUCUCUUCGUAAAAGGCAGCAGAAAGAAAAAUUAUCAGUACAGAAACAACAGUGUGCAGCUAUUGAGAAGCUCAUUAAGGGAAAAAAUAAGGCGGAAUUAUCAAGAGAUCCAAUUGUUCGUCAAGCAGUUUCCGAUCAAACAACGCAAUGGUCACGUUUGGCAGAGAGGCAAAGACGCGAAGAACGUGAAUUAAUGCAAAAUCAUGUUGAAGAAAGACGAACGCAAUUACGAAAACUUUGUUCAGCCGCUCAAGUUGUUCAACAAAAACAAUUGGUUGCACGUCAUGAGCGCGAGAUAAAAGAAAUGAAUGCCAAACAGGCAAGGCUAUCAGUUGAAAGUAUGCGAGAGGUUAUGAAUGAUAAGACCCUUAAAUCUCGUGGCAUCAAAGAGGGAAGACUUAGAGAAAAACAACAAAAUAACACCAAAAAAUUUAUGGAAGAGCGAAAAAUUGGACAAAUGGUCCAAAAUCGAGAGAAAGAGAAACUUCGCGACAUUCAUGAAAAACAACUCGAUGAACUGCAGAAAGAAAUGAAUGGGAUCCUUGAUAUGUAUAAGAAUGAAGAAAUGGAAUAUGAGCUAGGAUCGAAAUCAGAAUUCUGUGCGUAAAUGCGUGUGAGAUGUAGAGUAUAAAUGUCUUGUGCAAAUAUCCCCUUAAAAAUAAUUUAUUACCGUUAAUUAAUUGGAAUUGGGAUCAAAUCUCGACCGUUAGAAUAUACCAAAAAAAAAGAGGAAGAAAAAAAUAAUAAAAAAAAACUCGACUAAACGUUGGACCUAGUAAUUCAUCUGUUUCUUGAUAUUUUUUAUAAACCUCAUUCUUCAUAAUGAUCGUCGUGCCAGUGAUUAGAUUUUAAGAAGAACGAUUGAAGUGAUCUAGUCAAGUGUUUUUACUCUUAGACAAAGAAAAAAAAACGAAACUAACGUGUAGAGAUAAUUAGAGGAUUUAUCUCUAAAUAAAAAAAAGUAUAUAACGACUCUUCGUCGAGAUAUAAAUUUUCUAAUUUUUAUCGCAAAACCUCGAAUUCUCUGGUGGGGACUUGUACAUUUCAAUAAUAAUAAUAAUCUCGUCAUUAUUGCAUAUUAUUUCAGCUCAUUCACGUUAUAUAUGUAUAAAAAAAAUGAAACUUCAUUAUAUAGAGAAAUGAAAAAAAGAUCGAUUUAUUUUUAAUCGAGAGUCUAUAUAUAAUAUAUAGCAAAAGUUCAAUAUGCAAAUCUCUCUCUCUUUUUCUCCUUUUUGAAAUCUAUAUUGUCUACUUAACAGAAUGCCGAACAAAUGGUCCAAAAUGACAUACACGUUAAGUAUAAAUGAAAAAAAAAAAACGUAAAAGCCAAAAAUUAUGUAAGUAUUACUUCAGAAAAUAAGUAUAUAUAUAUAAAUUGUAUUAGUGAAUAGUUUACGUCAUUGUUUUUAUUGUAAUAAUGUUAUUAAAAGUAUACAUUAUAAUUUUAUCUUCAUUACUGGAGAAAAAUCAGAAAAAUUAAAUAAAGAAACUUCGUUUUAGAUGA